AUGGGCUUGGCUAGCGUCGAGAUACGAGAGGACGGCAGCAAGGAAGUGUCCUCGCCUGGCGAGAUGGCUGUUGGUCGAGUGUCUGUGCUGAGGGCUGAUCCCACGAAUCCUGAUGAUGGGGAUGAAGGGAUUAAGGAAGGGACCCCAUUCAUUGACCACUACUUGCAAAUAGAAGAGUCUGAGAUCAAGGACUUCGUCACGCGGUUCUCCGGCCUCGUUCAUGGUGACCUCGAUCCCAAAACGUCGAGACACUGGUUGGUCAGCAGUAAGGCAGUGUGUGAGAAGCUGCGCUUCCUAGUCGAUUGUGGUUGCCGCUUCGUGGGCCACGGUCUCUCUACUGACUUCAGGAUUAUCAACCUGUUCGUACCCCAGCGUAACAUCCGUGACACAGUUGAGCUCUUCCAUUUGCCUGGGCAACGGUAUCUAUCACUCAAGUUCCUAGCGCAGCAUCUUCUAGGAAGCUGCAUCCAAACGGACACACAUUGCAGUGUUGAGGAUGCGAGGGCUGCCCUCCAGCUCUACCGCAAGUAUCAAGAACUCGAGGCUGAGGGUACUUUAAAGGACACGACCAAACAGUUGUAUGAGAUUGGUCGGCAGCAGGGUUGGAAGUGAAGUCACCAUUGACAACGCCUCGGCAAAGCGUCAGUGUUCGAUAUCUGGGCAUGUUUAGCAUCAGAGGGAGCUCAAUCACUGCCACUGUUGAUCUUCGACUAGGCUUCUAGAUGGCAGGAGAGAAAAUCUCACAAAAUUGAGGGGCUUUAUUUCAUUACACUCUCUUGGCCUCCUUGAUCGUGCAAAGCUCUGUACAUUAGUUUCAUCACCAUCAUCACUGCAUAUUGCGAUUACCAUUUUCGUUUUGUGCACCGUCCUCAUUCAAACUACCAUCCGUUCUACUAUUCCCACUGCUAUUGUUGUCGGGGUGAAAACUUUCUCAUGCUAAAGGGCCCGGUCAACUCGAUAUCUUUAUUUCAUUCACUCCAUGUUUGUUGUGGUGAUUUAUCCCUCUGAUGAAGUCGGUGGUGAUCCUGUUAAUUACGAUCGUUGAUGAUACUUAUGAGGUCGCAGUAGUAGUACUAGUCCGUGCAUUGUCCAACAUCAUAUCUGCAACAUUACCAUUAUUUCAUACUAACGGCAAUCAACAACUGCCA